AUGUGUUUGCUAUUUUCUAAUAGUUCGCCCUGCCCGCAUCCAGAAUGCUACCUUUACAAUACUUGGCAGUCUCUAAAUUACACCUCAUCUAUCGAUUUGCAACUUUCAGAGGCCAUCUUAAAUCAGAGUAAUGCCUUCCUCACCCAAUUGCUUUGAAAUUACCAAAAGGUCCAGAAGGACAUUGACUCAGUUUCUGCGCUGGCGAAGACAAUUUCAACCAACGAUAAGAACCAAUACCUCUCAGACGACGAUAAGAGCUUAGUUUUCGAGUCCUUGAACAGGACCUGGAAAGCUGAGCCUUUUCCAUUCAGCUUGCAAAUGGAAAAGCCCUUCCCAGCGCGAGUUUACAAAGAGAGAGGGUUUCAGCUGAAGUUUUCUAUCAAAACCAUUGAAGGCUGCACAGCCAAACUGGAAGGAAAUCAAGUUUUUAGAAUCAUUUUGACCAGCACUGACGAUACACCAAACAUAUUAUACUCAAACAUUUCAGGCAAAAAGAUCAUCAGAGGCACAACAGAAUCAAGGCAAAAUGAAGAAGGGAUCAUAGAGUUUAACAACGUGGUGAUCAAUGAGGUUUCCUCGCAUUACACGAAUGGCUGCUUUUCAUUGAUCGUAAUGUGUUUAGAAAAUUUAGACAUCAAGCCAUUUGUGAGGGAUAAAAUAUAUGUAAGAGCUAGAAAAGCUUUAAAGCACCGGAAAGUGAUAUCUAAAUAA